UCUACCCUGUCCUUUACGUCGAUUUAAGUAUUCGCGAAUCUCCCCUUCGAUCUUCUCUGCGCAUCUCUCCCUCCGUUCUCCCUGCGAUUCCCCUCUCUCUCUCUCUACCUUUUCUCUCUCUAGGGGCGUGGAGGAAUACUGUGUCCCUAAAUAUUUAUAUGGAUUCACGUGCGUUUGUCAACCUGGGCUUGUCGGUCAAUCUUUACUACCCCCUCGCGGGGCCAUGAAAAGGAGCAGCGAAGAACGAUAAAAACGCCAAAAGAAAAGAUAAAAUCUUGAGAGAGAGAGAGAGAGAGAGAGAGGUACUGCGUAUGCAAAGGGAGGAGAGAGGAGAGGGGGUGUGCUUGUGUGCGUGUUUACAUUUAAAAGGGUGGAUUGGAUUAGUCCAUGGUCUUUUCCUUUUUAAAAGUCCAUCACGCCCUCUUUCUCUUCAUCAUCGGCUUCUUCUGCUCCUUCUUCCUGUACUUGUUCUUCUCCGACCGCCCCUUUGUCUCUCUGUUUCUCUCUGUGCGCGCGCGCGCGAUGGAGCUAGCUCUGACUUUAGGGGACACGUCGAAGCCGUUCUCGUUCCUCGACAAGGCCCCCAAGAUGGCCGGGGACAAGGAGAGCGGCAACCGGGACCUGGGGUUCUGCAUGGGGUUGGGGGUAAGUGGAAGGUCCUCGAGAGGCGGCGGCGACGAGGAGGAGGACGGUGAUGGUGACAAGAGAGAGAGUCCGGCGACGGAUCGGCGCCACCACCAACAACACCAUCCGCCUUCGACUCUUCUUCAGCUCCAUCUCUUGCCUUUCUCUCCGACAAAUCCCAGGAACAGCCACCACAGCCACAAGCCCUCCACCUCUCAGUUUCGGCUUCCGUGGCUCACCGAUCACUUGGGGUCCGAGCCGGAAUCUUCGGGCGGGGCCGGCAGGGGCCUGGACGUGAACCGGUUCCCGGCGGCGGAGGAGGCGGAGCAGUCGUCGCCGAACAGCGCGCUGUCGUCGUUUCAGAUGGAGUUCGGCAUCAGAAGCGGCGGCGGGGCAGGAUUUAGGAGCGGCAGCCACAAGAGGGUCGACAUGGAAGGAGACAACGAGAGGGACUGUUCGAGAGGCAGCGACGACGACGACAACGGCCUGACCCGGAAGAAGCUCAGGCUCUCCAAGGAACAGUCGGCUUUCCUCGAGGAGAGCUUCAAGGAACACAACACCCUCAAUCCCAAGCAGAAGCUAGCUUUGGCGAAACAGCUGAAUCUCCGCCCUCGCCAAGUCGAGGUGUGGUUCCAGAACAGAAGAGCCAGGACGAAGUUGAAGCAGACGGAGAUCGACUGCGAGUACCUGAAGAGGUGCUGCGAGACGCUGACGGAGGAGAACCGGCGGCUCCAGAAGGAGCUCCAGGAGCUCCGGGCGCUCAAAACCUCCCAGCCCUUCUACAUGCAGCUCCCCGCCACCACUCUCACCAUGUGCCCCUCCUGCGAGCGCGUCGCCACCACCACCGCGCCCGCCUCCGCCGCCUCCUCCCCAGCGGCGGCGGCGGCGGCGGCGGCCCCGCCCCUCGCCAAGCCGAAGCCCAGAACGUACCCGUUCCCCCACGCCCCCAGCUCCAACCUCCCCCAGGCCCAACCCCAGGCCCACCAGGCCGCCUCCUGAUCGCGACCGGCGAGGCGACGGCGGCGCACGCGCCGUCCAUCCCCGAUGACUCCGUGUACAUACCUCGGCUUGGUUCUUUAAUUUAAAGUGGGCGGUUUCGCUUUCUAUUAUUUUAUUUUAUUUUAAAUUUCUCUUAAAUUUUGUUUGGGGGGUUGUGUUUCUCCUGGGUUGUCCCUACUGAGUUUUUUUGGGUAGAGGGAAAGCUUGGUACCUACUGUGUUUGGGGAAGAGUCAAGAGGUCAUGACCUUGUUCAAAAAUGGCUGAUGAGAAGAGAUUUUAGGACAAAAGAAGAUUGUUGGUCAGUUAAGGAAAAUUACAAAAUUUUAUUUAUUCCUAGUUCUUGAUGCAUAUCUCUCUUUUUUCCUUGGAAA